GGCAGAAUACUUAAUACAGCAGUGUAUAUAAAACAUUAAGCUUUCAUGAACUUUUCAGGCCUCAGUGUAAUUGUGCAUAUAUUGUCUAUGUUGGUUACUCCGAAAGUAAUGCCUCCUACCACACGUACAAGGAGCUCAGUAACACUAUUGGAUAGAGCAAAUUCUCAGCUACAAAAGUAUUUUUCAACAUAGUCACCGUCAAUGAACAGGAACCUGCAUGCUGCAUUUUGUUUAGUGGAGGUGACCCACGUUUGCUGUCUCUGCUGCUGAAACGCAUCGUGCUCUGCCUCACUGUACUCCUGUUCACUGUUCGGUCUCCAGAAACAUGCAACAAGUGUUGUUGAAUGUCAGUGGGUGCCAUUUUUCCCCUUUGCUGGGUGGAAUUAAAUCCCAAACCCUUGCUUCAGAUGCCAUUGUGCCAGACUACUAUGCUGCCAUCUGUCACACGGCAACAGUGUGUCAUGGAAUGUUGGCAGGAAGGUUCAACCUCUACUGCUGUAACACCAGCAUCCACCCCUGUUGUCAUAGGCCAACGUACUAAAAUGCAGUUCGUUACUGAAAAGUACAGUGUAGAUGGUUCACCAUAUCUUCCAUUGAGCUGGAGAGCAUGAAUUAGGCAUUGGCUUCAUUUGAAGAAUCUGUUGUGAUACAGCUGUGAGAAGGAUGACGUAGCUUUGCCAAGGAUUUAUCAGCUAAGCAGAAAAUGAGCUUAACAUCCUGGUUUUUGGUGAGCAGUGGAGGCACCCGCCAUCGGCUGCCACGAGAAAUGAUUUUUGUUGGAAGAGAUGACUGUGAGCUGAUGUUACAGUCACGAAGUGUGGACAAGCAACAUGCUGUACUUAACUAUGAACCUUCUACAGAUGAACACUUAGUGAAGGACUUAGGUAGCUUGAACGGGACAUUUGUAAACGAUGUGAGGAUUCCGGAGCAGACAUACAUCACUCUGAAAUUAGAAGAUAAACUGAGAUUUGGAUAUGAUACUAAUCUUUUUACUGUUGUCAGAGGAGAGAUGAGAGUCCCUGAAGAAGCUCUUAAGCAUGAAAAAUUUACAAGCCAACUCCAGUUAUCCCAGAAAUCUUCAGAGGCAGAAGGGUCAAAGCAAACCAGCUCCAAAAGUUCAGAACCCAAAGAAACAGACUCCACAGCUGAAGUGCACCACAAGACUACUGAAGCACUGAAAUCUGAAGAGAAAUCCAUAGAUCUUUCUACCAUGCCUCGUGGUACACCGCUGUAUGGACAGCCAGCUUGGUGGGGUGAGGAUGAAGCUGAUGAAAAAGGUGGUUGUAAACCAGAUGGCAAAGGUGAAGAAAAAAUGCAUGAGACGGCAGCUUCAGGAUGCAGCACAGAUGCCAAGCAAGCUGAGGAGCAAUCUGCAGCUGCAAGUGAAGAACUUUAUCCUUUCUGUAGGGAGCCAAGUUAUUUUGAAAUUCCUACAAAAGAAUUCCAGCAAACUUCACAGGUAGCAGAGAGCGCUAUUCAUGAAAUUCCAACAAAAGACACCCAAAGUUCCCAUGCAGCAAGUGCAGGACAUGCUUCCUUUACCAUUGAAUUUGAUGACAACACACCAGGGAAAGUAACAAUCAAAGAUCACGUGACAAAAUUCACAUCUGAGCAGCGCCACAAGUCAAAGAAGCCUUCUUCCUCCAGUGGUCAGGACCUGCCUGGGCUUCAGACUGUGAUGAUGGCCGCAGAGAGCAAAGUGGCAGAUUGGCUAGCACAGAACAAUCCUCCCAGAAUGAUUUGGGAGCCAACAGAGGAGGAUUCCAAAAGUAUUAAGAGUGAUGUUCCAGUGUACUUGAAGAGACUGAAAGGGAAUAAGCAUGAUGAUGGUACGCAGAGUGAUUCAGAAAAUGCUGGUGCCCACCGGCAUUACAGUAAGCGGGCAGCACUUGAAGAGCACUUGAGGCACCACCAUGCAGAGCUGAAAAAGUCGCACCAGAAAGUCCAUUCUGCAGAAAAGCAGCAAGAGCAAGCUGGUGUGAAUCAGACUGCUUUUAUGAUUGAGUUUUUUGAUGAGGACCAUCCUCGAAAGAGACGUUCUUACUCUUUUUCUCAGAAUGUAGGAGCUCUGUGCUCAGAAUCCCCAUCUCCAACACCUCACGUGCGAGCUGAAAGAGCAAAACCUACAUCAGGAGAGAAAGCUGCCCCUUCGUGUGUGCAAGGUAGUUCAUCACAUCAUAGAGCAGCACACAGUGUUCAUGCAAAACUAUUAAAACAAAAAUCAGAAGAUCCCUCUGCUGCAUUACCUGUCUUUCAAGCUGCGUUGUUAAGGAGUUCAGGAAGCCUUGGCCAUAGGCCUAGUCAGAACCAGGAGAUGGACAAAAAGUUGAAAAGCCAACAUAUUUCUGCUGCUACUGAGAAGGACAAUGAGGAUGACCAGAGUGACAAAGGUACUUACACUAUUGAGUUGGAAAAUCCCAAUUCUGAAGAAAUGGAAGCCCGUAAAAUGAUUGACAAGGUAUUUGGAGUGGAUGACAGCCAGGAUUAUAAUAGGCCUGUUAUCAACGAGAACCAGAAAGAUUUAGUAAAAGAUUGGGCUAUAAAUUCUACUACAGUAGUGCUGGAAGAAAAAAGACCACUGAGUACAACUGGAUUUCUUGACACAGAGGAAGGUUCUACUGCCCCUGGAAGUAAACGUUGGGUAUCACAGUGGGCUAGUUUGGCUGCCAAUCACACGCGUCAUGACCCAGAUGAUAUCAGAUUGGAGUCACCUGUUCCUGCUGCAUUAGAGAACGACACAGAUAUCAGUGAAUCUGGUAUUUCCAUCAGAAGCACUGGUUCAGCUACUUCUGUGACCAGCCAAGGUGAGCGGAAGAGAAGGACGCUUCCACAACUUCCCAAGGAGGAUAAAAUGAGUGAAAGCUCCAGAACAAAAACUGCAUCUCAUCAGAGAUCAGAAAUAGGUGAAAAGCAGGACACUGAACUUCAAGAGAAAGAAACUCCAGCUCGUGCCUCAGAUUCUGACAGCAGAAGUAUAGCUAAGUCAAGCAGAACAGUGAAUGGUCUUUCACCCAAAGCAACAGGAGAAAAGGUUUUCUCUUUCCCUGGUUCUUCCAGUAAAGAGAGAGCUGAAACUGGCAGAGAAACUUCUGUGGUGAAACAAGCUCUAGCGAAAAUUCAACAAGAACGAAAGGAGCAAGGACACUGGACACCCACAAAAUCUGCUACAACCUUCGUUGAGAAAGAUAAGGAGGAGAUUGCUGUGUCACGCAAAACUUUGGAUAAUCAGGACAAAACUCCUGGACAUGAUAAAGCAGCAAUGAAGUUAGCACAGAGUGAGGGAAAAAGAAGAAGGAAUGAGGAAAGUAUUAAAGGACAAAGUCCCAAAGCAUCAGGAGAAAAAAAGGAAUCCUCAAAACCGUUAGUGAGGCAAGGCAGCUUUACUAUAGAUAAGCCUAGCACAAAUAUACCCAUAGAGCUUAUUCCUCACAUUAAUAAGCAAAGUGGAUCUGCUGCCCCCUUAGCAUCUGCGAACAGAAUACGUGACAGAAGUGAUUCAAUGGACACUGAUUCCAGUCUAGAUACAACACUCAUUUUAAAAGACACUGAAGCUGUAAUGGCUUUCCUUGAAGCUAAACUGCGUGAAGAAAAUAAAACUGAUGAAGGUCCUGAAACUCCUAGUUACAACAGAGAUAAUUCCAUAUCACCAGAAUCAGAUGUAGAUACAGCCAGCACAAUCAGUCUUGUUACUGGUGACAGUGAAAGGAAAUCCACACAGAAACGAAAGAGCUUUACAACUUUAUAUAAAGAUAGAUGUUCCUCUGGUUCCCCUUCUAAGGAUGUUGUAAAAUCCUCUGCAACAAGUGCCAGAGAAAAGAUGGAAAAGAAAACUAAAAGUCGAUCUUCAGAUGGUGGAUCUAGAGCUGAUGCUCGCAAGUCUGUGCAAUCCAGUGGAAGAAUGAGACAACCAUCAGUAGACUUGACAGAUGAUGACCAAACAUCUAGUGUACCUCAUUCUGCCAUUUCCGAUAUUUUAUCAUCUGACCAGGAAACCUACUCUGGCAAAUCACAUGGAAGAGUUCCUUUUGCCUCAGCAGAUGAACUUUUGCAUUCUAAAAUGGAAGGAAAGUCAGCUAAAUCAAAAAGCUCUCCUGUCAUACUUGGACAAUCUAGUAAAUCUACCACUCUUCCAAGACCUCGUCCUACAAGGACUUCUCUCCUGCGCAGAGCACGGCUUGGUGAAGCCUCAGACAGCGAGCUUGCUGAUGCCGAUAAAGCUUCAGUCGCUUCUGAAGUGUCCACUACAAGUUCUACAUCAAAACCUCCAUCGGGGAGGAGGAGUAUUUCCAGAAUAGACUUACUUGCUCAACCCCGCAGAACUCGACUUGGCUCUUUGUCAGCACGUAGUGAUUCUGAAGCGACAAUAACCAGAAGCACUGCUUCAUCUCGUACUCCAGAAGCUAUUAUCAGAAAUGCAAGGUUGACAUUAGCAGGAGAAAGUAAAGUUUCUGCUAGAACUCGAGCCAAUAGCAUUUCUCGACUUUCAGAUUCAAAAUCCAAAUCUUUGGCUUCAGCUCAUAAUUCUCCUUCAGAGAAACCCAAGCUUCUCCCAGACCCAGAUCCUGAUGUUGAAACUUACAGUGUAAGUGCAAGAUGGAGGCGCUUUCCUACAGAUUAUGCUUCCACCUCAGAAGAUGAAUUUGGAUCAAACCGUAAUUCUCCUAAACAUACCCGUCUACGUACCUCUCCAGCCCUGAAAACCACACGACUGCAGAGCACGGGGACAGCAACUCAAAGUAGCAAUGCUUUCAAGCACAGAAUAAAAGAACAGGAAGAUUACAUACGUGAUUGGACUGCCCACCGAGAAGAAAUAGCAAGGAUCAGUCAAGAUCUGGCUCUCAUCGCACGGGAAAUCAACGAUGUAGCAGGAGAAAUAGAUUCAGUGACUUCAUCAGGCACUGCCCCCAGUACCACAGUAAGCACUGCUGCCACCACCCCUGGCUCUGCCAUAGACACUAGAGAAGAGGUAGGAGAUCUUCAUGGAGAAAUGCAUAAGUUGGUUGACCGAGUAUUUGAUGAAAGUCUCAAUUUUAGAAAAAUCCCUCCACUAGUGCAUGCCAAACCACCAGAGGGGAACGGUCAGCCUAAUGAUGGGAGACCUCAACUACCAGAUGCCAUGGAUCCCCCAACAAUUACCCGAAGAAGGACUUGGAGCAGAGAUGAAGUUAUGGGGGAUAGUUUGCUGUUGUCCUCAGUCUUCCAGUUUUCUCGCAAAAUAAGACAAUCCAUAGACAAAACAGCUGGCAAAAUCAGUUCCAGAGUAUUUGACCCUUUCAAGGAGAUGAGGAAGUUUUAGAGAUGCCAGAGUGCCUGACUGUGUUGUUGAAGUCAUCCCUCAAGUUUCUUUGUUCACCAAUAUAAUCUCAUCUCACAAUAAUGGAGGCAGUAUGGGACAGUUACAGCAAUUACAGAUUCCACCAUAUAUACUGAAAAAUGAUGUCCAUUCUGUCUGAGACCAAAUGGACAAAUAAAUGUUUUCUGUAAAUGUGAAUGCUGCUGCUUGUAAUAUUUUAGUUGCAGUAGCUAGUUUUACUGAAAAUACCAGUUUUGCUUUGGCUAAAGUAUUAAGAACAUAAAUAUUUUCAGUCAUCCUUGACAAGAUGAUGUGUCAAAAAUUAUAAUGAGCAGAACUCAGUCAUGAAAAUAAAUGUGUGUGAGGAAAAGAAGGGGAAAUACAUGUCUUUCUGCUUGGCUAAUUUCUUCUCCAUUUCAUUGGAGCUGCUGUUUCUGUUUUCCAAAUUGAAUAUAAUGCUCUGACUUAUAUGGAGUUCUGUCAGCACAGGGGCACACAUUGUGCAGCCACAGCUCAGGCACCAUGGCAGCUGAGGGAAAAGGAGUUGUGCUGUCACCAGCCACCUGCCAGGCCCAGAGUUUGUGGCAUCACCUGCUGCCUGGAGGUGGAUGGCAGGUCUGCAAGGACUAAGGUUACAGGCCGAGGACUCUCAUGUGGUCUGAGAGCAGAGUGACCUCUUAGAUAGCAACACAUGCUCUGUGAAGGAUGUGCCCUUCGACUGAUGGAAAAACUGACAAGAAAGGAACGCAGCUUGUCAGUGUUCUGGUGGGCUGCCUUAGGCAAAAGGAAGAUGAGAAAAAGGAGUUGGGUGACAACUGCUCUUUCAAAGCUAAUUCUGUGGGACUGCACUCAAUUUCUGUGAGCCUACCUCUGCUGUAAGGAGAUUAGAUUAGGAGGUGAGGCUUUGGAAGAUGCUUGUUCCUCAUCAGAGGGAGAGAGGGAAAUGUUCUUCAUGUGGUGAAUUUGUGAAGACACGGCUGGUCCUGUGCGAAGCCAGGAGAGUCCAUGCAGAUAGUCUCUGAUUCUAUGAUCAUUCCUACUUUAUAUUAAGAUGUAGGAUUGAGAGAAGCUUUUGGAGAUUUAUUCUUUGGCUAAAUUCUCUCAAAACUGGUGACGCUGUUUUUAUUUUUCUUCAGGUGCUAGAAUACUGAGUUCAGCUUGAAACAGAUUCAAGUGCCCAAUUCUUUCCUUUCACAAAACCCCUUCUAUAGAUCUGUUUUUCUUCAGGAUAAGGUCAUAGCUUGGCUUGGCUAAGCUCCUUCUUAUAAUUUACUUUUAUUCAUUGCUGUGUUUAAUCAGUUUUGUUUUUACCCACUAGUAUACACAAAAUGAUAUUGUAAUGGAAAAUUGUGUGGCAUUCUUGCCAUUUAUCUUGCAUACAGUUCUUUGCUAAUGAAUUACUCUGGUGACUUCUCAGGAAGCAGAUAUG